AUGAUUGCCUCUAUGAUCAUUGCUGCCUUUUCCAUCAUUGCAGCUGUGGCUGCACAGAACCUGGUCCCCCCAUUGACUCUUCCCGAUUGCCCGAGGAACUGCAUUCUCAGUAUCUUACCCUCAGCUCCUUCUUUUGGCUGUCUCAGCGUCGACCCGGUUUGUCUCUGCAAGAGCACCGGCUAUAACAUGAGUCUCUUGAGCUGUGCCACUACGCUGUGUUCUUCCGCCGAAGUCACUCAGCUGAUUAAUUACGAAAAUGGGUGGUGUGACUUAGUCGGCCUGGUCCCAACACCUACACCUUCUCUCCUACCUUUGCCUUUUCAGGGUACUACCGUCAUUACGGCACUUAAUGGAGCAAAGACCCCCUCUCGUGCAUCGAAGAACAGACUGCUGAGCGAAAAAUAAGUCACUGCUGUCCUCACGGCAUAUACUGAUAGCCGAGAGUUUAAACCUCGAUACUGUGACGUUCUCGUUCGGAAUCUGCGGAGGAAAGUACUUAUAUAUAUUACUGCUGUAUCUGAAAGGCGAGGUUGUUCGGGG